CUUCACUGAUAUGCGCUAAUGAGGCUGCAGUGAUGGGCACUGAUAGGUGGCACUGAUGAGGCACUGGUAGGUGGCACUGAUGGGCAUUGACAGGCAUCACUGAUUAGCACUGAUAGGCAGCACUGAUAGACGGCACUGACCGGCACUGAUAGGCGACACUGACUGGCACUGAUAGGUGGCACUGAAAGGCGCUGAUGGGUGACACUGAAAGGCAGCUCAGAUGGGCACUGAUAUGUGACAUUGAUGUGCACUGGUUGGCACUGAUGGGCACUGGCAGGUGGCGCUGCUGGGGCUACACUGAUCAUCAGGGCACACUGAUCAUCAGUGCCCUGAUGAUCAGUGUACAU